AGGUGGCAUUUCUAGCUUGCAAACACCACUAUUCUUCUGCGAUACCCCUGAACUCCAUGAAUCCUGCUAAUGAUGGCCAUCUCUCGUGACGCGUGGGAUCACUAUUCACUCGGGGCCGAUGCACCCGUCCUGCUCCGCUAGCCGCUAACCGCUAGCUUGUCCUCAUAAUCUACUGUACAGUCUAGCUAUUAGCGAGAGGGUAGAACACGCCCAACGAUAUAUAGACAGCCCCGGCCGGCCGGCCGCUGAAGCCUGAAGCCAUGAAAGAGACCAAGGCCAUGCAGUGUAGAGCAGGAGCUGUCUAGCAACGCAUGAAGGACUACCAAGGCCACAGCGCUACCACACCGUGUGGCAGUGGCACUGGCACCACGGGAGAGGGGCGAGGCGACUGACUGAUAAGGAAGAAGCAGGUCCGAGCUCGCCAGCAGCUAGCCGAGCGCGCGUGGCCGAGAUGGGUGGCGCCGGCGGCGGCGGGAGGAACGGGGCGGCGACGAGGCGGUACAACAGGUCCAAGGUGCCCCGGCUCAGGUGGACCAGCGAGCUCCAUCGCAACUUCGUCCGAGCCGUCGACUGCCUUGGCGGACAGGACAAAGCUACUCCUAAGCUAAUUCUCCAGCUCAUGGAUGUCGGAGGGCUUACCAUUGCCCAUGUCAAGAGCCACCUUCAGAUGUACAGAAGCUCAGGACAAGACAUUAGGAGGAGAGAGGUGCAACCGCGGCGGCUAGGACAUCUGGUGGAGCACUACUCAUUCGCCAUUGAUGAGGAGGGAGGCCCCAAAGAAUUCGUCUGCUGCCCACACAUGAAAAGGGCGGAGGCAGGGCCAGAAGCUGCGGCCACGGCCACGGCCACGCACGAAAGCGUGCAGGGGAACAGUGACAUGGGGGCUCCUGGCACCCGGCGCUGCGGCGAUGAUUACACGCGAGCGAUUCCCAUUCCCAUGGGGAGCAGCAGUAGCAGGAGCAGGAGGAUAACCGAGGGCCUCGCAUGGCAGUGGCAGAGCAGCGGUGCCGCCUCUGCCGCUCGUGCUGCCACGGCCGCUUCCACGCUGCGCGAGCUGGGAUUCUGGGUGCGAGGAACCGAGCCCUUCAAGACCGGCAGGCCCAUGGCAAAUCGUCUCAGCCCUGUGGCGAGGCAGCUAUCUUCCAAGUCCAAGGAGAUCAAGUGCGGAGACGACGGACGCUUCUUGUUCGGCACUGCGACUAGAGACGAAGCGGCCAGGAGACACUCGCCGUCGCGGCGGCCAGACUCCAUUGACCCAAAGGCUGUGGCCGCUGUCUCUUGGUCCAGCGAAGGAGGCGCCUGCGCCCUCCCGCCGCCGCUGUCGUCGACCGGCUUGAGUGCGCGCUCAGGGCCGUCAGGCAGUUGCGUAUUCGCCAGGCAGAGAGUUAACCUGGACCUUUCCCUGUCCAUAUGUGGAUCAUAGCUUAAUCACCCGUGCUGAAUUUUGUACAUUCAAUGUUCCAUGAUGCAUUGCAUGCUGUCGAUGUGAUUCCGUUUGGAUAUCAAUGGCGGCGUGCAUGCCAGCGCCACAGCCUGCGGUGAUUGCCCGUCUAGAGUCUAGAACUGUGUGUUCUAAUGAAGAUCUGAAGAAUGGCAGUUCACAUGUUCCGUUCUGUGUUA